AUGGCGAGACUCGGCCUCGAUGCCGCGCUUUUGACCUACGUGGGAAAUGACGAGAACGGGCGUUUUUUGAGGCGUACUGGGCAGCAUAUUGACCUCUCUGGCGUCAAAACCGUAGACGCACCAACGGCAACCUAUUGUGCGAUCAACAUGCGCGGGAAUGUGCGCUUUGGGAUUAGCAGCAUCGAGGAGAUUAUGGGCAAACUGGGCCCGGAAAUUGAUCUACUCGAGGAAGCGGAUUUCUUGGUGAUUGACGGGAAUACAACGGUCGAGACAUUAAAAGAAGCGAUCGAGGUUGCUUAUCGCAUCAACCUGCCGAUCUGGUUCGAGCCCACCGAUAUCGACAAGAUGCAAAAGCUCUUCAAAGCUGGAAACAUUGAGAAAGUCUCGCACCACGAAAAAUUGCCCAGCUUCCGGCUGCUCGUGGUGACCAUGGGCGAGAAGGGCGUUGUUGUUUGUCAUAGAACUGGAAAUGGCUACGAUAUUCUCACUCGACCAUCACCUCUUGGCAACUCUGAAAUUGUCUCUGUUUCAGGAGCGGGAGAUUGUUGGAAUGGCGGAUUUCUGGCCGGCCACCUGACCGGACGAGACCUGGAUGGCGCGAUAAAUCUGGCCCAAGAAACCACGGCGAAGUCGUUGAAGUCGACCUUUGCCGUACCAAUCGAUAUUCAGCCAAUUCUG